UCCACGGCCAAGAUGGCGGCGCAGGGAGCAGACGUGAGCCGCUCCCUGAAAGAAGCUCUUCUGGAGAGUCUGACGGCCAUCCUCUCCCCGCAACACGAGGUUAGAAUCGCCGGCGAGGAGCAGAUCAAGGUUCUCGAGGUCACCGAAGAAUUUGGUGUGCACCUUGCGGAGUUUACAGUUGAUCCACAAGGGGCACUAGCCAUACGACAGCUGGCAUCCGUGGUGCUAAAGCAGUAUGUGGAGACUCACUGGUCAGCACAGUCGGAGAAGUUCCGCCCGCCUGAGACUACAGAGCAGGCCAAGCACCACAUCAGGCAGCUGCUGCCCAUCGGUCUUAAGGAGUCCAUCAGUAAGGUGCGGUCCAGCGUUGCCUACGCCAUCUCGGCCAUCGCACACUGGGACUGGCCUGAGGCCUGGCCCGACCUGUUCGGUCAGCUGAUGCAGGCCCUGACCAGCGGCGACUUCAACGCUGUCCACGGUGCCAUGAGAGUUCUAACAGAGUUCACCCGUGAGGUGACAGAUGCACAGAUGCCUCAGGUGGCGCCUGUCAUCUUACCUGAGAUGUACAAGAUCUUCACACAAGCAGAGGUGUACAGUAUCCGUACCCGAGGGCGUGCAGUGGAGAUCUUCACUACCUGUGCCAACCUUAUCUACACCAUCAACGAGAUCAACAAGGGGGCGGCCAAGACGCUGCUGUUUCCAGUGCUAAACCAGUUUGUUGAAGCUUUGGGUCAGGCACUGAGUGUACCGGACGGCCCCACUUCUGACAGUGGGCUGAGAAUGGAAGUACUCAAGGCACUGACUGCACUAGUGAAGAACUUCCCCAAGCAGAUGCUGGGUUGGAUGGCACAGAUCCUGCCAGCUGUGUGGACCAUCUUCACUCAGAGUGCUUCUUUCUAUGUGAGCACCGAGGUGAACAAUGCAGAGGAUGCAGAUGAUCCUGUAGACUCAGAUGGUGAAGUACUGGGUUUUGAGAACCUGAUCUUCAGCAUCUUUGACUUCAUCCACGGCUUGAUCGAGACUCCCAAGUUCCGUAGCACGGUGAAGAAGAGCAUGAGAGAGCUCAUCUACUACAUCAUACCUUACAUGCAAAUUACCGAGGAACAGAUCAAAGUGUGGACAGAGAACCCAGACCAGUUUGUUGAAGAUGAGGAUGACGACACUUUCUCCUACUCUGUCAGAAUCUCUGCACAGGAUCUGCUGCUGGCUGUGUCCUCGGAGUUCCAGACAGAAAGUGCCGCCGGGAUCGCCGCGGCUGUCACACAGCACCUGCAGGAGGCUGAACAGGCGAAGAACGCGGGCAGCCCGCACUGGUGGAAGCUCCACGAGUCGUGCAUGCUGGCCCUGGGGUCCAUCAAGAGUCUCAUCAUCGACAUGUGCAGCAGUGGAAAGAUUCAGUUUGACCUGAACGCCUUCCUGACAUCUGUGGUGUUGGCUGAUCUCAACAUGCCAGUUUCUCCAUUCCUGCUGGGAAGAGCUCUGUGGGCUGCCAGCAGGUUCACCUUAGCAAUGUCUCCUGAACUUGUACAGAGGUUUUUAGAAGCGACAGUGAACGGACUGCAGCCGAACCAGUCACCCUCAGUCAGAAUAUCAGCCGUACGGGCAAUCUUUGGGUAUUGUGACCACUUGAAGCAGUCAGGAAACACCCAGCUGCUAGUGCCGUACCUCCCACAUGUCACAGAAGGGCUCAUCAGUAUAGCAACACAGUAUGCAUCAGAGGUUCUGGCCCUGGUGUUAGAAACCCUCAGGAUAGUGUUAACCAUCGACCAUAGUUUUACUGCCUCGUACGAGUCCAAAAUCAUCCCCCUGUCCAUAGCUGUGUUCCUCAAGUAUAACCACGACCCUCUUAUAGCAUCUCUGACAGAAGACAUCUUCAAAGAAUUAGCAAGUAUUCCAACAUGUCAGCAGCCCCUUCAGCAGAGGUUACUCCCUACCCUCAUCAGUAUCAUGCAGGCCCCAGCAGACAAAGUGCCACACGGGCUCUGUUCUAUCUCCAUGGACAUCCUGUGUGGAGUGGUUCGGAGCAGUGCCACGCCCCUGUCUGAUGUCCUCAUCUCCCAGGCCUUCCCAGCGUGUGCACAGGCAACACUUAGAACAGACGACAACUCAGCACUACAGAGCGGAGGCGAGUGUAUACGGGCGUAUGUCUCUGUCGCCUGCGAACAGAUAAUCGUGUGGCACGACGACGCUGGCAACAACGGCAUACACUACGUCAUCCAGGUGGCCCUGCAUCUGCUGGACCCACGCACGUCCGAGUUCUGCGCCUCGUUCGUGGGGAAGCUGCUGACGGCGCUGUUUAAGAAGGCCGGGGAGGGGCUGGGGGACAGUCUGGACAUGCUGCUGAGAGCCGUGCUCAGUAAACUGCAGCAGGCUGAGACGCUCAGUGUCAUUCAGUCCCUAGUGAUGGUGUUUGCCCACCUGAUGCACACCCGUAUGGAGGAGCUGUUGGAGUUCCUGUGCAGUGUUCCCGGCCCCACAGGCAAACCUGCGCUGGAGUUCGUCAUGGCAGAGUGGUGUGAGAAACAGCACCUGUUCUACGGAGCGUACGAAGGGAAAGUAAGUUCUGUAGCCUUGUCCAAACUGCUGAGUCACGGGAUCAGCACCAACGAUAAGAGGUUACAAGACGUGACGGUCAAGGGCGACCAGAUUUUCAACCACGAGGGAAUCAGGACCAGAUCCAAGGCAGCGUCCCAGCCGGAGCAGUGGACCAUGGUUCCAGUCCUGGUGAAGCUGUACAAGCUGCUGAUUAACGAGCUGUCCAGUCAGAUUGAGAACAACAUGUCCAGACAGGCUUCUGCUGGGGGGGAGGACCUGGAUGAGGAGGAAGGUUGGGAUGAUGAUGAUGAUGAUGAUGCGGGUGACGAGGAGGCCAUGGGCCAGACGCUCUCCCAGCUGCUAGACGUCGGGGGAGCCGGAAUUUACGGUUAUGAUGACUUUGAUGAUGAAGAAGAGGAUGACCCAGAUGCUGCCAAUGACCCCCUGAACUCAGUUGACCUUCAGGCUUAUUUGACGGAGUACCUUCAGCAGCUGGCACAGCAGCCCUGUCACUCUGCCUUCCUACAACACCUCACCGACUCGGAGAAACGCGUCCUGGCUUCCAUCGGCAUUCCAGUGUAGAUAGUGCUGUGUUCAGGUUUAAGUAAAAAAAAAACUCACUUCCGGACUUAUUUCAAGAAAAACAUGUCACCGUUACACACCCCGCAGGCAUCGAACUCAGCAGGGGACCCAAACUCACUGUCACAGCCCACUUGCUGGAA